CCAGCGCGCCAACCGCCACAGCCGUCAUGUGACUGGAGCAGCCAUCUGCAGGAAAAACAGGAUUUUCAAAAUAAAACUGUCAAAAGCAGUUUGGUGUGAUUGAAAAGUAGACUUUGUCCAGUCAUGCCUCUUCUCUAUGUGGCAUGUGUCCAAACCCACCGGAAAGUAUCUUCUCUCUCCUCUUCACGCGGCGGUGAGGCUGCAGCUGCUCCAGCAGCUCGUCUCCGAUCAUCUGCGAGAUGAUGCUCCCUGAGGACAACAUCCACAAACAGCUUCAGCUGAAAGCCGACGCGGCAACAAGGAACCCGUGAGGCUGACUCACUGUCACGGCCAAAGCAGCCCAGCUCGUCGUCUUGCAGGCGGAGGAUGUGCUGCAGCCAGUCAGGUUUGUAGAAGUCGGAGAAGCCGGCCAGACCACAGAUGAGGACUGUGAACAUGCGGGAGGAGCUCAGAGAGCCGCAGUGAUGUUUGAUGACCGAUGAUGGGACUCCACUGAGCACACUCACUGUUCUCGAUGAAGAUGUCAGCCGUCUGCUCUGUCAGCCCCUCCCUGAUGAUGUCCUGGUUGGUCUUCAUCAUGUUGGAGCAGAAGAUCUUCUGGUAGCUGCGUUCCGUCAUGUUGGUCCGGGAUGCUCGCAUGUCGCCUUUCAGCAGGUUGGAGCAGCCUUUCUGGGAGCAACACACCAAAAACACACAUUGGCCCCUGAAGGUUCCUCUCAUGCUCCUCGUGGACUCACCAUCUUCCCAAUCAUGAAGUAGAGCAGCUGAUGAGACAGCGAGUAGUGAGGGCAGCCGAAACGAGUCAUGGUGUCCCGACAGGGUUUGGUGACGAUGCACGGUGUCCCCUUCAGUUUCCUGCUCACACAAACAGGUCACUUAGUCUCCAUCAUGCAUGGGAGCCCUGCCCCCGGGGGCCCCGCCCCGUCCUUCUGUUCCUACCAGGUGCCCAGCAGCAGCGUCAGACACUUGUCGCUGAGCUGCUCGUCAUAACACUCGCUGGUGGUGGCCGAGGGGUACACCAGGCUGGGGUCUGUGGUGCUCCACUCCUGAGGAACCUGCCAGAACCUCCAGGGCGGCGAUGGCGUCGUCAAAACUUCGGUCCAGACGUUUGACCAGCUCCACGGAGGCCGUCCUCUGAGCCCAGCUGACCGGGUCCGAGUGAGGCCAUGUCCUAACUGCCUCCUUCAAUUCAGCUGGAGGGCAGGGACGCACAAACAAACACAAAGAGCAGGACUGUCCAAGUAUUACGAUACAGAAAUAUUGAAGUGUUUGCUACUACUACACAGGGAACUAAAUAGCUAGUCAACAAGAGUUGUGGUUGUUCACCAAAUGCCAAUUUCUGGACAUAUUUCAAGGUAACGUGAUAAUUACUUUUUCUGUUAACUACUUACAUCUAUGAAGAAGCAAUUCCAUGACUAAUUAAAUGAUUUUUUAAAAGCAAUGUAUCAAUAGUAUGCUGUGUUCUAGUCAAUGCCGUGACAUUGCAGCCUGCAGGAGGACACUGCGCCACAACCAGCCCUCACCCACCCUGCAGCAUGAGGAAGCCCACCACGCCGUCCAGGUUGAUGUGCUCAUGCUGGCGCUCCAGGAACGCCGCGCCCUUGGAGAGGCUGCCCAGCACGUCAUCGAUCACCUCCGCCAGCGAGCAGCCCGCGGCGGCCAACAGCGCCAGCACGGCGGCCAGCUGCAGCCUCGACGUCCGCAUGUUGUGAGCCGAGAGCUCCGGUGACGUUCUUCUUGGAGGGAGGGGAGUGGAAGGGGCUGGAACGAAAAGCAGACGUCAAGAAGAAGAAAUAUAUUUACUCACUUGGGGAAUCAACGUCAUAACGUAAACAUUAGUAUACAAUGUAAAAUGCAAAAGUUAAUAUAUCAAAUUGAUACUGUACUAUUAACGUCUUAAACGUGCAUUCUCUUUAAGUUUCGCCAGAGGGCGACAAAAACAGCGAGAGCUAUGGUUUAUUUACUCAACUCCGGUAAACCGUGUUGCUACCAGGUUUUUGUGUCCAGAUUGUAGACUUUAGUUAUUUAGACUUGAAGUUAUUUAACUUAACUCGAGUGUCGUGCGGGUUUGAAUACAAAUCUUGCGUUUGGAACUCGACAGGAACCUACGCGGUCUCUUUAAAACUUUAUGCACUCCUCUUCCGUGUUGCCGGUCGUCGCCAAUCCCAAACAAACAUGGCGACGCCCGUCCACCGCGUCGCUCUCCCUGCUGCUUUGGCGCUCAUUCCGUUGGUCCUUGCGGUGUUUUAUGGCGCCGGUUGGGAUGUUCGGUGGCUCCUGGUGUCUGCGGCGGUUGUCAGCCUUCCGGCGGUGCUCUGGCUGCGGCGGAGGGAUGGUGGAUUCGAGCGGCGUGUUUGCGUGCUGGUGCUGGGGGACAUCGGUCGCAGUCCUCGCAUGCAGUAUCACUCUCUGUCCCUCAGCAAACAUGGAUAUGACGUGACUCUUGUCGGCUUUUUAGACAGCAAACCCCAUGGAGAUGUGCUGAAAGAUGAGAGAAUUCAUAUCGUCCCAGUGGCGGAGGUGAAAGGAUUCAGAGGGGGACCACAAAUCCUGACCUACGUGUCCAAAGUCUUGGUCCAGUUUGUGCAGCUUCUCGUCGUGCUGCUGAGAAUGAAGCCUCAUGCUCACAUCCUAAUGCAGAAUCCUCCCGGGUUGCCCGGCAUAGCGGCGACCUGGCUGGUGUGCGUGCUGCGAGGCAGCCGCUUCGUCAUCGACUGGCACAACUACGGCUACACCAUCAUGGCCCUCAGCCUCGGACACAAGCACCCGCUGGUGCGCCUGGCAAGCUGGUACGAACACGUCUUCGGACCGCUGGCGACUCACAACCUGUGCGUGACCAACGCCAUGAAGGACGACCUGCACCAAAACUGGGGCAUCAAGGCCACCACGCUCUACGACAGACCGGCCGCCAUCUUUCGAGAGACUCCGCUGAAGACGCAGCAUGAGCUUUUUCUGAGGCUUUCACACACACUUCCUGUCUUCCGGCACAGCAGUGAGGAUGAGGAUGAUGGCAAGGCGACAGUCUUCUCCGCGCGGGACCCUGCCAAGGACACUGUGACCUUGAGGCCGGGCCGACCCGCCCUCCUGGUGAGCAGCACCAGCUGGACAGAGGAUGAAGACUUCUCCAUCCUCCUGCAGGCUCUCCAAGAAUAUGAAGCUUCGAUUCAAGGAGGGGCGACUUUGCCGGAGCUCGUCUGCGUCAUCACAGGCAAAGGUCCUCAGAAGGAACACUACAUCAAGAUGAUUGACUCCAUGAGUUUGAAGCAUGUGAAGAUCUGCACGCCGUGGCUGGAGGCAGAAGACUAUCCUGUGCUGUUAGGUUCGGCUGACUUGGGUGUUUGUCUCCACAAGUCGUCCAGCGGUCUGGACCUGCCCAUGAAGGUGGUGGACAUGUUUGGCUGCUGCCUGCCAGUCUGCGCCGUCCACUUCAAGUGCUUGCAUGAGCUGGUGAAACAUGACGAGAACGGAUUGAUCUUCAGAGACGCUCAUCAGCUGGCCCAGCAGCUCAACUCUCUUCUCUCAGAGUUUCCCAGCAGCGAAGGCAAACUCGGCCGCUUCAGGAGGAACCUCCGUGCCAGCAGAGGGCAGCGCUGGGAUGACAACUGGCACCAGAACGCCCUUCCGCUGAUUUCUUCUUCUUGACUGGACUGAUUCUUAGCUCAUUAUGAACAUUCCAUCAAACUUUAUUUGUAAAUAAAAGCACUUUUAUUGUC